AUGUUUGGCGGCUCCUCGAAAGCGGACAGCCCUACCUUGACCAGCGCAACUUCGAAUCUACCAGCGACAGGUACUCCUGCGCCAGGGAGCAAGUCUCCGUCGCCGGACGCGAGCGAGUCGACAUUGAGCAGCAGCCCCACCAAAGCUGCCGAGCAGGCCACGAACAGGGAGAAACGGAGCGGCAAUGGCAGCCCACCCGACUCUGCCGGUGCUGCCGAGCAGAAGAAGAGGAGAAGCAGCGGCGUGAGCAGCAAGGCAAGCAGUCUGCUCGCCAGCGCAAAGAACACACUCAAUUUUGGUCAGGGUAGCAGUCGUUCGAAUCCCGACAAUGGAUCGUCUGUGCAGACUACACUGCAGAAGCUGGGCAAGCAGGACCCGGCGCUCGCAGUACCGCAGGGCCAACAGAAUAAUUCGGCCGGAGAGUCGUUGCCUGGACCCAAGUCGACUUUCCGCGUUGGCGUUUGGGAGGACCGCAACAAGAAAUGCAGGCGUACUAUGGAAGAUACCCACGCAUUUCUUUACAAUUUUCUCCAUACGCCGGCAGCGACACCUACCAGUUCUUCAAAUGCGACUGACGGCGAAACAAAAACCGCCGUUACUCCGACGGAUGAGAUUGUUGAGUCUGAUAAUGGCUACUUUGCCAUUUUUGAUGGUCAUGCUGGCACCUUUGCCGCAGACUGGUGUGGCAAAAAACUGCAUCUCAUCCUGGAAGAGACUAUACGCAAGAAGCCCAACGUGCCAAUCCCUGAGCUUCUUGACGAGACCUUCACGACGGUUGAUGCGCAGCUUGAAAAGCUGCCUGUGAAGAAUAGCGGCUGCACGGCUGCAAUAGCGGUGCUCCGUUGGGAGGAUCGAGUGCCUAGCAGUCUGUCCGCCACUGGUUCUCAGCCUGUUGCAGCCGCCAAGGCUCCAGAUGAAGGCCUGAAGCCCGAGGACGGAAAGUCCAACGACGGUUCCAGCCUACGUGCGUCUGACGCGGCGCCCCCAAGGCCCAAGCCAGCCGUGACGAAACAACGUGUGCUCUAUACGGCUAAUGUGGGCGAUGCUCGUAUUAUUCUUUGUCGAUCCGGAAAAGCUCUCCGUCUCUCGUAUGAUCACAAGGGAAGCGACGAGAAUGAAGGCAGGCGCAUAACUAAUGCUGGCGGCUUGAUACUCAACAAUCGUGUCAAUGGCGUGCUUGCUGUUACGCGAGCCCUCGGCGACACCUACAUGAAGGAAUUGGUCACGGGACAUCCCUAUACAACCGAAACUGUGAUCCAGCCAGAACUGGACGAAUUUCUGAUCAUUGCGUGUGAUGGACUUUGGGACGUGUGCGAUGAUCAAGAGGCUGUUGAUCAGGUUAGGAAUAUCGAAGACCCAGCGGCUGCAGCGAAGCUACUGGUCAACCAUGCGCUUGCUCGAUUCAGCACCGAUAACUUGUCUUGCAUGAUUGUUCGGUUUGACAAGCAAGCGGUGCUUGACGGGCACUCCCGCAAAGACGCUGCCACCAAGGGUGAUCCGGCUAGCAAACCGAGCGAGGCAGACCGGAAUGUUCAAUUGGCCACUAACACCGCCGGCCGGAGCAAUGACCCUAUACCUUCGAUUAGCGAGGAGCCGGCGGCGGCGGCGGCCGCCGCAGCCACAACAGCAUCAGCAGCAGGGGACUCAUCUGGUGGCACGAAAGCGCAGGUUGAUGAGUCGAGCCAACCGGCCACAUCUUCCUAA